CACAACUCUCCCCAUUCUACUGGGUAUUUACCUCCACAUCAGAAUCCUUUACAAAUGGUAGUUCAGAAUCAAGGUCAAACUCAGCAUAACCCAUACUUAGGUUUGCAGCAUAGUCAUCAGCCUAUACAGGCAUCUUGGAGUCAUCAACAACUGCCAAUUGUGCCCUACUAUAAUCCACCUCAAAAUCAAAACUAUUUUGGUUGA